AGAGUCAGUGGGUUCUCAAAUGCAACGCAUAAUCUCGCGUUGUCUCGCGAUUGUCAUUCUUGGAGCAGCUGAUCUUUCGGAGUGUUGGGGUUUGGCCCCAAACUAGCACAAUCAACUAAACAGGCAGCACUAAGCUAGACUGUUGAGGCUGUAGAUUACUUACAUGAUGGCAAAUUUUAAGGCACAAAUGCUUUGGGAGAAUAUAAGGAAGGGUGACUUAUCUGCUGUUCAUGGUUUGCUUGAAAGUGGCAACAUUAAUUUGGAAGAGCGUGAUGAGGAAGGACAUACAUUUCUUAUGGUAGCAAGCAAAAAUGGAGAGUUGAAUAUUGUGCGUGAGCUGUUGGAGGCAGGUGUUGAUCCUAAUGCUGUUGACAAUGAGAGUUGGAGUGCAUUACUGUGUGCUUCCAAGGAAGGACACCUUGAGAUUGUCAUUGAGCUGCUUGAGCGAAAUGCAGACAUUGAACACAAAGAUAUGUGGGGAUGGACAGCACUGAUGUGGGCCAGCUACAAGGGACGUAUUAUCAUUGUUCAGGAGCUGCUUGACAGAGGAGCAAAUCCUAAUACAAAAGCUGAACAUAACAUGACCUCAUUGGCAUGGGCAGCUGGUCGAGGACACACUGAGAUUGUACAGAUGCUUCUCAACAAGGGUGCAAAGGUCAAUACACCUGACAAGUACGGGACAACACCACUGAUAUGGGCUUGCCGCAAAGGAUACAUAGAAAUAGUUGAUGCUUUACUGGGAGAAGGAGCACAGGUUGAUGCAGCUGGAAUGAACUCUUGGACCCCACUUCUUGUAGCCACUAAAGGUGGACACCAUGAUGUCGUUGGCUCUCUGCUUCUUCAUGAUCCUAAUGUGAAUGCUGUUGAUAAGGAUGGCAUGACAGCAUUAGCUAUUGCAGCCAAGGAAGGUUUUGUUGAGAUUGUCAAAGACCUUCUGGGAAAGGGGGCUUAUGUAAAUGUUUGCGACAGGAAUGGAGACUCCAUUUUGAUCCAUGCAGUGAAGGGGGGUCAAGUGGAGGUGGUGCGGGCACUUCUAAAUAAAUAUGUCGAUGUCGAUGUGGCUGGAGCUGAAGGGAAGACAGCUUUGUACUGGGCUGUGGAAAAGGGUUACAAUGAAAUUGUUCGUCUUCUUUUAGGUAGUGAACCUGAUUUGGAGCUGUGCACUAAAGAUGAAGAUACAGCGCUUUUGCGUGCUGUUAGAAGUCGCAAUGAAGAAUCUGUGAGACUCCUCUUAGAGAAGGGAGCAAAAGUGUCUCACUGUGAUAAGAGAGGUGAUACAGCCCUUCACAUUGCCAUCAGAGCCCGGAGCAAGCGCAUCACAGAACUCCUUUUACGAAAUCCACGCAACAGCCGUCUGCUUUACCGUCCAAACAAGGCAGGAGAAACACCAUACUCCAUGGACACAUAUCACCAGCGGGGUAUUCUUCAGCAGAUCUAUGGACACAGAAAUCUAAAUGCUACGGAUGCGGAGAACCUCCUGGGCUACGAUAUUUACAGUGGAGCUUUAGCAGAUAUUUUAAGUGACCCCUCAUUGACAAUGCCCAUUACAGUGGGGCUGUAUGCUAAGUGGGGCAGUGGCAAGUCCUUCCUCAUCAACAAGCUACAAAGUGAAAUGAAAUCCUUCACCCAACAACACACUGAAGAACACUUCAUGUUAACCUGGACUGUUGCACUCCUGGCCUUGUUUUGCUCUCUUGUCGUGGGGGAAGCUCUUGUUCUGGGAGUAUCACUCAAGGUUGGCAUCGGUGUUAGCGUCGCCAUCUUUGUUCUUCUGCUGGUUUUCUUUGGUUCUGUGAUGCUGUGUGACCAGCGCUACAAUAUAAAAAUAGCGAUCACCAUGAGUACUGUGAUGGGCAGACAUCAGCGCUUAGUGAUGCUACUGCUGCGCAUGUUGUUUUGUAAUCCUCGACGUCAGAAAUCAGAUAAACAGGCAGCAAAUGCUUAUUCUGUGAGAUUCCUCUUUUCAGAGUGCACAAGGCUGACCAGUGUUGGUGGUGAAAAAUCUCUGGCUGCAAUGAUUGGGACUCUGUGUGAAGCAGUAGAGAAAGAAUAUGGUUUCCUAGUCACACGUCUGUUUAGAGUUUUCAAGCCAUCUGAAGGUGUGCACCAUGGUCGUUUCAAGUCAUUCUGCUGUGUGCCCUACUUUCUGCUGGUUCUGUUAGUGUUGGGCUGUCUGGCAGCAGGCGUGGCACUUCUGGUUCAGUUUCGUAUCAAACAGUAUAUGGUUGUGGAUGGUGUGCUCAUAGCUAUUGCAUGCAUACUGACUUUGACUGUUGUUGGAAACAUCGUUACAUGGGCCCAUGGAUUUAUGGCCCUGCUAUCCUCACAGAAACAUCGUGUACUCAACGCUGCUGAGCAUGUGGAAACGCUGAAAAUGGAUGGGUUUCUACAUCGAUUGAAGCAUGAGGUGGAGUUGAUGAACCGUAUGGUGAUGUGCAUGGAUGCCUUCACAGGUGACCAAACACGACUUGUGGUCAUUGUGGAUGGCCUAGACAGCUGUGAGCAGGACAAGGUUCUUCAAGUGCUUGACACUGUGAAGUCACUGUUCAAUGAUGACAACUCGCCCUUUAUCACCAUACUUGCUGUUGACCCACACAUCAUCAUUAAGGGCAUUGAGCACAAUCUAAAGACGACAUUUCAUGACACAAAUGUCAAUGGCUUUGACUACCUACGCAAUGUGGUACACCUUCCAUUCUACCUUCAGAGUCAGGGGAUCCGGGUGCAGCAUCCAGAACCAUUGUCUGACACAGAGAGGGUCAUCCCAAGACUUAGAGAGCAAGAAUCUGUUAUGUCAACCACCAGCUUAGACAGCAAAUUAGGCAGUCGACGUAGAUCACGGGCUGAAUCUCGCAUAGAGGGGCUGUCUGGGUCUGUGCCACAGAUGAUGUAUGCCUCAUCAUUUGAUCUGUCCAACACUUUUGCUCGCAAUGACUAUUUUAGCGACAUCAACCCCAGAAGUAUGCGCCGACUAAUGAACAUUGUCUCUGUUACAGCUCGAUUACUGCGGGCAUAUAACAUAGAUUUCAAAUGGCAUCGCCUGGCUGCUUGGAUCAACAUCAUAGAACAGUGGCCAUACAGGGUAUCCUGGAUCAUCUACCAUUUUGACGAACAGGAAUAUGUAGAUCCAAACACGACUCUCUUUGCUCUGUACAAAAGGGUGCUGCCUCGUAUCCCAACAAGCAAAGAAGCAGAGCCUUUGCUUGAAAUUGAUCGUAAUGAACGCAAGUUGGAGGCCUUUCUGUCCAGUCAGUCAGGCAACUUUCCACAACUUAACAUUGCUGAUCUGAAGAAAUUCCUACCUUGUACCAUUAAUCUUGAUCCAUAUCUACGAAAACUUAUCAGAGAAACUGAACAUCAGCUGGAGAUGCAAAAGCAGGAAAUGAACUUUGGGAUGUUUCCAGCUAACAAACCAUUUCCCCCACCUCCAGGACCUGCGGUCUCCACCCUACCUCAUGAUGCUGGUGGAACAUUAGGAAGUUUUCGUCCACGUGUUAGUCCAAUGGGUUCACCCAGUCGGUUACCACCUGGUUACAGUCCACAGAUGAUGAUGUUUGGUCAGCUGCCUUUUAUCAGUAGCCCUUACAAUCAUCAGACAAACAUUGUUGCUAGCCCAGCACGUCCACCACCCACAGUGUUUUUCCAGGCUAAAGAUCACAGCCUUCUUAAGGAGUGGAAUAGCCUGAGCGUUGAUGGGGUAUGCAAGCUUAUAGGUGCACUGAAGGAUGUCAGUACAGACUGGGUGCCAUAUUAUAGCAAGCGCAUACAUGAUCACAACAUCACAGGACUUGUUCUACAAAACUGUGACCUAGAUGCUCUUGGAACUGUGCUGGAUAUGCGCUUUGGUGACUGGCAGUUAUUCAAGGCUGCCAUUGUCUCCCUGCGGGUGUGGGAUGGCCAACUGGAUGGUGAAAAUAACAAUUCAGACAGCACCAACUCUGCAUGCAUGCAAAGACCAUCAACAAGUCAGGGUAACACUGUGCAAGACAUGAAGAGCAGGCAAAACAAUGAGAGCAUGGGUAAUGGGCAGGGCAUUUUGACUGGCCCAAGAGGGCGGCGCUUACGCCGAAACGACAGCAUAGUACAGCAGCUCAGUUAUGAGGCAGCCAUCUUAAGAGAGGCUGUUGAAGAGUUUGCAGAGGAAACAGACGAAGGUGAGGAGGAUAUAGUUGAGGAAUCACCUGAAGACCAAUUUGAGGAAGUGAAUGUUAAUGCAGCUGCAUCUGAGUCCACAGACACGGUACCUGUGCAGCCAAUAGACACAGGUGUGCAGCCAGCAGCUACAGAGAAGGCAUCCUUGAACAUAGAAGGUAUGGCACCAGGCAGCCUGAUCAUGGUACUGGAAGACCAUCCUGCCCCAGGGCAAGCUAUUUUUGAGGCAAACGCGUCAAAUGUCUCCUCAGGUUUCUCAUCUUUCCUGCAUGAGCCUACUGCUUCGGAAUCAUCUGUUGGCAAUGCUCAUACUAUACCAUCAAGCAAGCAUCGCUUGUCCUUGACUGACACCCUUGAGAAAAUUGCCUCCCCAAUCACCCAUGCUUUGCAUCUGAAGCACAAUCCUCACCACCAUAGUGAGGAGAAACUGGCUAGCAAUGGAGAAAAAAUUGCCAUGAAAGCUAUGCCUCUAGACUUGGAGAGCUACAGCUCUGCACGGUUUCUGAAGGAAACAACAGAAAAGAAAGUUCCCUCUCCAUGGGAAAGAAAUGCCUUUGCUCCAGCACCACUAAAUGAACCUCCAGGUUCUAGCAGUGAUAUUGACAGCCCCACGUGGCAAAGACCUUCAUUUAUGCUGGAAAGCUCUCCACCCUCUCCCUUGUAUCCUCCAUCUACCUUUUCUGUGGAGAACGAGACUCCAACAGCUCACGAUAGGCCUGCAUCAGGCCAGUUCUUUGAAGAAAGUUUACAGCAGUACUUUCAGGCUGCUCAGUGUUCUGCUGGGACAUCCCCCAUCAACCAGCCCCCAGAAGUCAUGUCCGCAGGGCAUAAAAGCCACAAACCAUCUUCCGGUGCUGGUGUUGACAAGGAGUCCUUCGUUUAAUGAACACUAUUUUAGGUCCAUAGUUACCUAGUCAUUGUGGAUUUAUUGGUUUUUAGUCAUGGAAUAUUUGAGAUUAUUUGUUUUCUUUUGGAAGGAUAUUGCUUCCUCUUUGUUCAAAAUUGUGUACUUUGUUGCUAAUGCCUUUUAAAGCAUUGACUCUUAUACAUACGUCCACCUGUGGAGGAGAAGUAAAAUGUGCUUAUAAAUUGGAAAUGCUUUUGCAGUGUCAUAAGUUUGUAAUAAGAGCAACCAGUUCCUUUGAAUUAAUAUUGGUCUUAAACACUCAUACACGGAAUGAACUAUAUGUUUUGCCUUAAUGCAUAUUUCAUAAAUUCCACUUACAUGGAGCAUUGUUGUAAUUAAAUUCGGUGUCCAACUGUCUCAACAUUCCCUUAGGUCUCUAUCAUGUAUCAGUUUAUUUGUUCAAGGGUAUUUUUUAUUUAAGCAUCUAAAAGUUAAAGUGGUAGUUCUUGCUUGUUCAGAAGUGUAGAUAAGACAUAUCAUACAACUGAGCCUAUUUUAUUGCCUAAAAAGAUUUUUUAAAACCAUUGGCAUUUUACAUAUCUCAUUGGAAGGAGUGUUUGCUAUAUGCCUUUUCUAAUAAUUCUUUGUAAAUGUUUUAUCAUGUAUAUAAAUCUCUUGGAGCAUCGAAAUGUUCACAAUUUUGCUGCCGUCAAGAUGAAAGUGCCAUAGAUAAUCUCUAUAGACAUUAAGGUGAUCGUGAAACAUAAUAAUGAGCAUCUUUAAUUUUAAACAUUUUGUGGCCUGUGAUUUUGUGAUUUGGAUGUCUUCAGAUCAUAUUCUGACCAGCUUUCCCAAGUGUAAGACAUUUUGAUUUUAAUACUGUUGCUGCAGCUCGAAGUACAGACACUGGUCUUUGGUUCUGUAGCAUCCCCAUCUUAUUGUCUCAUUUGAACAUGUAGUGGCCUCUGUUGUCUGAGCCACAACCAAAAUUAUGCUCUCCACAUAUAUAUGUGUGUCUUUGUGUUUUCCUAUAUAUGGCAAAAUAGUUGUUUCUAAAGUCUGUGUGGUGUUGCUUAGACAUCUGAACCCAUUGUUUUGAAAAAAGUUCUGAAUGGAAGAAUGUCACAUUACUUUUUAUAUGUAAAUCAGUAGAUGCUGUGAUGCUUCACUAUAUAUUUAAAACACUUUUAAUCAUGAUACAGUCAGUCAUCUCUAGACCAGCACCUGUCGUUGGAGGGAGUGCAUGGAUGGACGCGGCAGCUGACAGAGCCUGCCACUCUUGCCUAUUUCGAGUCCUGUACAGGACGACUAGUCCAGUCUUUAACGUUCGUAAACUAGUUCUUUCUCUAGCCACCACUGCAUCAGCUGCACUCCAAGUUGCCUUAAAGGAUAGUCUUCGACAAAGUGUCAUGCCGAGUCAUGUGGCCAAAGAAGACCAGCUCAUGUCACUUGACUGUUGUAGAGGUUCCUGGUUUCCUGUGAGUGUGGCAAUCUUGUUUCGUACAAAGUUGUUGAUUCUAUGGUCUCUUUAUGAGAUCCCAAGCAGCCCCCUCAUGCACAUUUUCGAAUGCCUGAAUCUCUGUUUUAGCUUUCCACAUGCCACAUCCGUAGAGCAGGAUGAGUACUACCAGGGAUUUGUACAGUGUGUACUUGGUAGUGAAUCUGAUCUUAUGACUAUGUCAGAUCCUAUCUAGUUUAGCCAUUGCUGUUGUUGCUGUUGCAAUCCUGAUGAGGAGUAUCUGGCGUGGGGCUGUCGUUGUUGGAGAAGGUGGCUCCCAAGUACUUGAAGUUUCUUAUCUCUUCAAGCUGUACCCUAGUUCAUAUAUCUCUGCUUUGUCGCUUCCAUUGACCAUAACUUUGCUCUUUUCAGUGCUAAUCUCCAUUCCAUAUACGUUCGAACUGUCUGUUGGUGAGUUCUUGCAGUUCUUUGUUAGUACCUGCUAACAGAUCUAUCUCCAGUGUAGGUUGCAGAUCGGCCUUCCACCAAGGGAAAUUAAAGUAUGAUGGUCGUGUAGGGUUUUGGGCAUAAUGUUCCCCAAGAAGAUAUUAAACAGCACCGGUGAUAGGAGACAUGCUUGACAUCCUACUGUGGUGCAAAAGUAAACUCCUAUUUGGUUGUUCAGCAUUACUGUACUCGCUGAGCUAUUAUGCAGCGCUGCUAUGAGUUGAAUUGGGACCUUCGAUGUUGAAUUUUCUCAUCACAUGCCAUAGCCCCUUAUGCCACUCUGUCAAAUGUCUUUUGAAAGUCAACGAAGCUGUGGUAGGGGUCCCACUGAUACUGAAGAUACUUUUCUAUCAGGAUGCGACAGUUGAAGAUUUGCUCAACUGUGCUUUUACGUGGUCUGAAGCCAGCCUGUUCUCACACUAGCACUUCCUCUGCAGUGGUGCUGAUGUGGUUCUGUAUGACCUUCAGUAUGACUUUGGUGGCUGAUAAGGCUUAUGGUUCUUUAGUUCUGAUACUGUUUCCUCUUUUGGGAGGGGUUUGAUUAGUGUUUCCAUUCUUUCCAUUCCCAGACUUUGCCACAAGCCAGUCAGGGCCUUUAUAGUUUCUUACCCACCCUUCUUGAGCAGCUCAACUGGCACAUUAUCAAUGCCUGGCGACUCCCUUCAGACUAUGUACAGGUCUUUUGACCUUUUCCCAUAGAACUGGUAGGUCUGCAGGUUUGCUGUGUCUAGUCUGGUUGUUUUGAGGGAUGCUGGCAUUGGUCUUCAGGUGGAAAUUGCACAAGUACUCAGUCCAUUGAUUGAGUACAUCUUUGCUUUCUGUAAGAAUACACGUGAUAAUCAUGAUAAAAGUGCAAAACAAAAUCGUUGAAGCUUUUAACAGUUUGCUGUUUGAGUUAUUUUGUCUCAAAUUUGUUGAAAGAUCAAAUUAAGCAAAAAAGGUUGUAUGUGGAUAGGUAUAUGAAUUCACAUAUGUCCAAGUUUUGAAAUAUUAGAAAUAACUUGGAGAAUGGUUGGCCUAAUGCUACACUUGCUCUUUCAGCCUCUGAACAUGAAUGCAUGUGGGUUUGCAUGCAUGUACAUCUCUCCAUCUGUGGAUUGUGUUAAGUUUCUUAGUGCAGCAAGGAUGGAGAAAAGAAUUGUAGAGGUGUUUUUGAUUUAGAGAACUAUAUUGUCAUGACCUGUCUAUAAAAUCAGCUCUGUCACUGCAUGUCGGAUGGAAGAGAUUCGGUUGUAAAUUGCACUUCAUCUCUUGUGUAUUUUCUCACAUAUCUUUCACUAUUCAUACUGUUGAAAUUUUUUGUUUGUUUGUUUUUUUUUUACACACAUCCCAUCUGUCUCCAUUUAUGUCUAUUCAUACAUCUCGAUAAAAGUAACCAAUUCAAGUAAGCCAUUAAUUUUAUUGCACCAUGAUUCCUCAGGGAAGAGAAACAGUUACUCCAGAAUAUACAGCAAGUGUUUUCAAUUUUCAAAGAAUCUUUACAAAUGCAUCAGUUGGUCACAAAUUAUUUUUUGUUCUUUUGCUUAUUGUGUUACUCUAGCUGUUAAAAAAAAAAUACUUCUCUUUUGUGAUGAUGCAUUUUAUUUCCAUCUUGGCAUUCCCAACUUUUUCAGUUGUUGAAAGCACUCUUGAGGGGAUCUGGUUGAAUCCACCUCCACUACAUCCUACCUGUUCAGAUUAUUUUGUAGUAAAAUAAUGUCUGAUUUAUAUCCCUAAAAACAGUUCUGAUGGUCAUUUUGAUCUAGUCAAUUCUUACUCCAUUCAGUUUUUAACAUGUAAGAAACAUGUUUCCUUAAUAACAUAUCUCCAAGUUUUUAAAAAAUCUUAAGGUGUUAGGGUUUGGUUGUUUUCUUUUGUUGUUGUUGUGUGUGGAGCCAAAAGUAGUUUGCAGAGGACGUCAUUUAUGACUGUAGCAGGACAAGUUUUGCAGAAACUAAACUUCACUAUCACUUUGUCAUUGUGUAUGAUCUUCCCGGCCUGCAAAGACAUUUUGCAUCUGUGGUAAAGCAGAUGGACGUGCAUGCAUAAUGUGCAAAAAAUAUUCCAGUGUGAUGUUCAUGUGAUAUUUUUUGAACACCUAUAUCCUAUUUCAAAGGCUUUAUUAGAUAUUAAAUUAGAUAUUAAUAGUGUGGUUGAAUGGUCAAAGAAUAGUUCAAGCGCAAGGAGUGCUUUGCUAGUUUCAAGUUGGAUGAUUUCUGUAAUUUAAUGUGUGUGUGGUUUUUUCCCAAAAAAAAGAUUUCUCUUACACUCUUCUUUUAGAUGAUACAUUGUUGGUAUUUGACACUUGUUGAAAGGCUUUUUUUUUAAAUUAUUUUCUUUAACCUUUUUCUUACUUUGUUGAAUGUGGAAAAUACUUGAGCAGAACAUGUUUAGAAUGGCUAUGGCUUCUUGUGCUCCUUAAGAGCAUUCAGUGCUUGACUAUUACUAUGAUUAGGGACCAUAGUUUAAUUGACAGCAUUGUUCAAGUUUGUUGCCUGCAGAAAAUGAGGUGGCCAAUAUGAUUGUCCUUUAUCUCAAAAAUGUUCAUUACAGGCCCAUUUUUUUAAAUAUAAAUUAUGGUAAAUUAAUGCUUUUAGCUUAUUGUGCAAGGAAAAUUUCUUUAAACAGAUUCAGUUCUAGUGAUGUGCUAUACUCAGAAUUUUUUUUAUUAUGUACACAUCUGCUGGUAACAGCCUGAUAUUAUUAUAAGCAGACAGUAAUAUAGGUCUUUGCUUUUGCUCUCUGACUCCAAACAUUAAAGUUUGGAUACUUAAGUGUGUGGAUGCAUUUCUGUUACAUAAAAUGUUAUCACUGGGGAGAAAAAGGCUAUAAAACUCUACUUGUAUCAUGGUUUGAAUAAUUUCUUUUAAGACUGCAUGUUUGAAAACAAAUUUAUCUAUGUAUGCUGUGCAACCAGAUUUACCUUUCAUGCAUCAACAAAAUUAAACAAUACAAAUUCACAAAAAUCGUAAUUGUGACCUUGGAAUGAUACACAACUGCAAUGUUUCCUAUGCAUAAUCUAAGGAUCCAUUGUAGUAACCAAAUAACAUUUUGGUAAUCCAACAUAGACUUUAGAUCGCCUUGACAUAACAAACAAAAAAACCUAGAGAUAAAAAGUUACAGAAACUUACUAUAAAACAGUUGAAUAAUUCUUCAAAAGAAAAUAAUCAGGACAAAGAUGUAACAAAUAUCAGUUUUGUUUUUUGUUUUUUUUUUGUUUUCUUGCUUUUACAGAUGUUUUGUUGGAAAGGGAGUGUUAGCGAUGGUAGAUACACUUCAGAUGUACACAUUGCCUGCAUUAGCCCCCAAUUCCCACCUCCAUCUGCAUGUGACAUAUGACAUUUAGAAUACCUGAUAAAAACACCUGCUUAGCACAAAUAUUACAUCACCAGUGAUUUUCACUGUAGUAUGCACAAUCACUACUGGCUGUCAUAUAUUACAGUUCUGCUGAUAAGUUUCUGCCAUUCAUGCACUCAAAAUAAGUGGAGGUUGAAAUGCAUAUGCAGACUAGGUGACUAUAUUUUUAAGAAACAAUGAAAGAUGUGACAGAAUUGUCAGGCACCUUGACAUUCACAAACAUCUUCCAGACAGAAAAUGCAAGUGCAUCCUUUCAGAAAUAAUACUGUCAAAUUAAUUUACAUAAAAUUGUCCUCUUGAUGUGUUUGAUUUCUCUCUUUUUUUUAAAAAAAAAAUCUACAUCCUUUUACAUCAUAAUUAAAAAUGGGUACACAUUAACAUAAUGGCACUUUCAAACUAUGUCCUGUCUGCAGCUCUUUUUUACUUUAAAUCACUUGCAUAAAAAAAUGAGCUUUUACACAAAAUUUGAUUUGACAUUGCUAUUCUGGAACAGACUAACAAUGGUUCAAAAAAGCCCUGCCAUGCUUCUGCCACUUAAAAUAACAUUAUUUUCUUGUUUAAGCUAGGAUACACAUUUUGAAAACACUUCAUGAAUAUCCCAAAUGUGCAAACAUUUCUAUGUCUCAAGCACAUUUCACAUGUAACGGCAUGCUAAAGACCACUAAAUAUUAAAACAUUUAGGAUACCAGCUAAAAGUGAUGUAAAGCAACAAACAAAGAAACACCUCAUUGCACUUUUAUCCUAUAAUAAUGAAGUUUAUUUGUGUGACUAUCAUAAACUGCAUUUUAUCAUGUCAUAGUUUAAACAACAAAAGCAACUGAUCACAGAUUUAGAUAUUAUCUACCACACAAUAAAAUACAAAAGCAUGGACAAAGGAAAGCAUAUCUAAGAGUCUAUUCAUAAAAGUUAUAAGCAUCAUAUACACAUAUCAUGACUAGACUUCAAACAAAAUACAAAUAUAAAAUUCACUGCCCCACAUAUCUGAAAAAAUUUAUUAUUUCAGUAAACAGUGGAAGACAGCUGGAUUUAUAGUAUGGCUGUACAAAAUAUCCUGUUAAUUAUCCACUGCAACCUGUGGAAAUUUUCAGUUCACAAGCAGAUUCUUAAUUUGAAAAUUUUGUUGUCUCAUAAAUUAUAGUGAGAAAGCAUUUUUCUUAACACACACACUACCUUUCAAGAGCUAAUCUAACAUGCAAAGGUAAAAAGUCUAUAGAAUCUGCAAUAUAAGAUGAUGCACUAAUUUCUCCAAAAA